CUCGAUUGGUUUCAGGUGUGCCCUUAGCUCCUAAUCGUUAUCCUAUUCGUGGUUUACGUUGUUUAUUUUUAUGCCAUUUAAACGAAUCUAGAUUUUGCCUACUUUACGAUACAGUACAAACUUGUUAUAAUCAUCGUACAACGUGAAUUACGCGAGAGGAUUGUUUAAUAAUUUUUAAUGAAAUUACUUUAAAAAUGAUCAGCUUUAAAUCAAGCCUGAAAAAUGAUGGCAAUUAAUUUGCUCGUGAAACUUGCUUGAAUAAUGCAUAAAGAAGCUUGGACGAAUAAUGGAAUAUCGUAAACGUAUAAUAUAGGAGAAAUUUAAAUAGACAAUUUCAUUCUGGCGUUAAAUCAGAUCUCUGGUUAUUCAAUGUUGAAAUAUCUUCAUAUUAUAUGAUUCUUUAAUUAUCAAUUAUUAUCAAAUAAUAUAACGUAAGCUAAUUUGUGAUAUGAUAAGCUUCAAACAAGUUUCGUUUAGCAAUGUUAUAUCUUACGUUUCGAAAUUCGCUACGCGAUAAACAAAUUGUUAAUAAUAACAUUCGAGUGUUGUAAUUAAUAAAAUACUGUAGCAUUCAUCGAAAUGCAACCACCAGCGUAACACAGUAUACACGUGAAUAUCUGCUGGAAUGUUUAAUUAAAAUUCGCCUCUGAAAGCUUAGAAUUGCACGACAAUUUAAUCUACCGUAAUUACCUCCUUCUUGAACGUUCCGCGAUAUCUGUAAAAUUAGAAGUCUCCUUAACGAACGUUAAUUAAUCAUUUCUAUCUACGUAAGAUAGUCUCACGUUUUGUAAAUCAUUCUUAGAGGCGGUAAUUUGUUUUCUCUUAUAUGAAUAUGCGAUUAAAAUAAAGAUAAAUAUUCGACGUUGAAAUUAAAUCUGAAAAAUAUUCCAAAUUGUAAAACCUACGAAAAGAAAGUUGUGAACCUGAAAGUGAUAGUUGCGAAUGGUUGAAAAGGCAGAAAUGUUAAUUAGAAUACGAGGAUUCAGCAAGAAUUUCGUCAUCAUAACCGGUCAUUAUCGAGCCUGGUGAAACCUAAAUAUCUAGGAACACAUUCUAGCUACCUUGAAAAUGUCGUUCAACGAUUGUAUACUUAUGCAAACAGCCCUGCUCGUCGUGUAUUCGCUGACUUUAGUCAGUCAGUAAGACACCGUCGAUGUGCUCGGUUCACAACAGAAAUCGUGAGAAGAAGAAAAGAUCGAGACGAGAUACGACGGUGUGACAUCGAUCCAAAACAAUGCGAAGAGUUAUCGACAAUAACUUGAGAAUUGUUUACCUCCAUAAAGGUCUUCUUUAUAUAAAGAAAUAGAGCACUGUGCAUUUUCUAAAAUGAAGUGAUUUCAAUAAGAAGUUUGAGAAGGAUUAUUGGAGUUUGAUGAGGUUUGAAAGGCCUACAGUAAAGUUAUUUAAUUUUCGAGAGCGAAGGAAUUGAUUUUUGAUGAUAAAUUAAUUCUCUCUUAGUAUAAUUCUAUAGAAUAGUAAAAGGACGUAGCAGAUCGAUUCUACUUUACCAUGGUCAAGAUGUACAGCCAACUGGCACGAAACUAGCGAUCUCUGUUAUAAAAUUAACAGUUCGUUCUAAAAAGAUUCUACUACUCUAAAAAUACAGUGUCGAGUUCGAUUUGACCGAGACCUAACGAUAAGUGCAAUGAUUUAAUUCGAACUAGUGAUGAUAGAAGAGAAGGUAGACCGUGACAUUAAUGUCGCUAUCGCGAUUAGCAGAUCUAUUUUCAUCAGAGAGCACGGGGCAACAAACUUGGAUCUAUAAGCAGAACAACGGUCGGAAUAGACGUACAUGUCUUCGUGGUGGUUGUCAGCUCGCUAAUUAGCGACAUCACCGAGAAAAAGAAGAAGAAACGCGACGAGCGGACGCGAAUUAAUUAACGUGUCGAUCCGUCCCAGCAGUGUGAUACAAUUAAGCAUCGUCCCGGAAAUUCCAGUCACAUUUGCUUGUCACCUUAACGAGCAAGCUGAAAACAUCGUCAAGGAACACGGUGUACCUUGUUUCAUGAUAUCGUGAUACAUGUGCUGUAAUUUUACUUAUUCGUGAUCUGUUCAUUCAUGGAAUUGAUAUAAACUGAUAGAAGAUCGUGAAAAGGUGAUCGAGUCUCAGAAGAAUCAUGGCUGGGGUCGAUAAUCUUGCCUACGAUGCUCCUAAAACACAGUCGGCGGUGCCGGACAUGCACGAGACACUGUCUAGUUUUCCGGAACAGUUCGGAGACGGUCCGAGGAAACCGGAAAUAAAGCCGGACGCGCCGAAGGAAUCGGACAGGUCGACGGAUAAUCCAAAGUGUGGCUGGUUAUGGUUCAGGCCCAUCUCCUUGCAGAAAUUUCGAACCGCGAAAUGGGCGUUAUUCUGGCUGUGUUGGACAGGUGCAAUACAAGGAAUGGUGGUGAACGGUUUUGUAAACGUCGUUAUCACCACGAUAGAGAGGAGAUUCGGUUUGAGGUCGUCGCAAACUGGUCUGAUAGCAGGAGGAUACGACAUAGCUAGUUUUCUGAUCCUUGUCCCAGUCAGCUAUCUGGGUGGACGUUCGAAAGCAUCGAAACCAAGGUAUAUAGGUAUAGGAGUUCUAGUCUUAGGCAUAGGAAGUCUGCUAUUCGCGUCACCCCAUUACCUUGCCGGACCCUACAGAGGUGGCCAGCAAUCAGAAAACAUGUGCCAGAGGGUGAAUAACACCUCGUCGUCACGUUCAAUAUCCUGUAAUGGAUCCAUGGGUCAAACAGACCAGGAGCCGUACAGUGGAUUGUACUUAAUUAUCUUCUUAAUGGCCCAACUUCUUCACGGUGCGGGUUCCGCUCCUUUUUACACUCUAGGUGUCACCUACAUAGACGAGAACGUGUCGAAGAAAAUGUCCUCUGUAUACGUGGGAAUUUUCUACACGAUGGCCAUAAUAGGACCCGCGUUAGGCUACGUAAUUGGAGGCGAACUGUUGAAGCUGUACACGGAUUUCCUCACGGUGGACCCGUCCGAAAUUGGUUUAACACCGGACAGUAACGUGUGGGUCGGAGCAUGGUGGAUAGGUUUUCUAGGGGCUGCGGUUUUGUGUUUCGUCAUUGCUAUACCGAUCUUGGCGUUUCCUCCCGCGUUGCCAGGUUCCGAGGAAUUAGCCAAGGAAAGAGUAUCGGAAGCGCACGAGAAGCAAUCGAAACAAUCGCCCUCGAGCGAAAGCGGGGAGGCAUUUUCAAAAAUACGCGAACUGCCACGAGCACUGACCGAUCUGCUCGGUAAUCCGGGCUUUUUCAUGUUGAACCUGGCAGGUGCAAGUGAAGGAUUACUUAUAGCUGGUUUCGCUGCGUUUCUACCGAAGCUGAUCGAAAAUCAAUUCAACGUCAGCGCUAGCUCAGCCGCGUUACUAAUGGGUUUGGUGACCGUGCCUGCAGGCGGCGGGGGUACCUUUCUCGGUGGUUAUCUCAUAAAACGCUUUAAUCUGCCCUGUUCGGGCAUUUUGAAGUUCUGUCUACUGGCCACCGCUUCCUGUAUCGCUUUCACUUUGUGUUUCGUUUUAAAUUGCCCGAAUUUGAACUUUGCUGGAGUUACGGUACCCUAUUCAGGCCAGACCAAAAAAUCUUUCUCGUUGGAUGACGCGUGCAAUAACAACUGCGGUUGUUCAAGAUCAGAAUUUAGUCCAAUAUGCGGUGUGGAUGGAAUCACGUACUAUUCCCCGUGCCAUGCAGGAUGUUAUCAGGAAACGCGGAUAAACGAUGUCAAAGUAUACUCGGACUGCGCCUGCAUACGCGCACCACCUAUUAACUUAACUACCGGAAGCGAUGUUAUAACCUACGAGGCGAUAAAUACAACUUGCAACACGUCGUGUUCCUAUCUGUGGCCCUUUAUAGCCCUAGCCUUUUGCAAUAUGCUUAUUACAUUUCUCUGCACCAUGCCAGCACUAUCGGCGACCCUUCGGGUCGUACGAGACGACCAAAGGUCGUUCGCUUUGGGUAUUCAGUGGAUUAAAGUUAGGAUACUGGGCACCAUACCAGCACCCAUGGUUUUUGGUGCUCUUAUAGACGAUACUUGUAUCUUGUGGAACGAGACAUGCGAGGGCAGAGGAGCUUGCCUCGUUUAUGACAAUUUAUAUAUGAGCAGGUACAUGCUGGCGUUAGCUUUUAUCGGCAAGGCAGCGUCCCUUCUUUUCUUUUUCUUAGCCUGGUGGACGUAUAUUCCACCUGGAAGCAGACAAGCUGAUCAAAAUUCAAGGGAAGAACCAACGACGACGUUAAUGUUAAACGAUACAUCACACGAAACACCGACCACGCCGGCGACAAUAAAUCCUAUAAUUGACGCGUAAAACGCAAUACCGCAUUCCAUUGAAUUCGAUAUAGUAAAUAAUCUUGUAUUAAUGAAAGAUUUUUAAUAUUGAUACAGCUUACCGAAGAAAAUAACUGCUGUUUCAAGACAACGUGUUUGUUCUUGACUUAUUCGAAAAUGGAGGGUAACACCGUUUGCAACCUAGACUGCUCAGAGAUCACUAACGAUAAAUGUCAAUGGUGCGACAUCUGGUUUUCUCAGAUGUAGUUAAGCAAGGACGCCAAGACGAUACCAUAAAUAUUUUCGUAAUGGAACGGUAUUUGAAACAAUUUAGCGUAUAUACACAGUAAAAGUAUAAUUUCAA